GGCCAAGACCCGACUCUGGUUGGAGCGGUGACAGGGAAAUGAAGGAAAACGCGGCAGCAACCGUCUUCAGUUUGUCCCCGGGCGACGAGAACAAGAUCAUAAUCGGAGCUUCGGGGGCGAUUCCAGCAUUAGUGGAGCUGCUGGAGCAGGGGAGCAGCAGAGGGAAGAAAGAUGUGGCGUCGACAUUGUUCAACCUGUGCAUCUACCAAGGGAACAAAGGCAGGGCAGUGCGAGCCGGGAUCGUACCGGUGUUGCUCCGAAUGCUGGCCGAUUCGCGAGGGGCGGCAAUGGUGGACGAGGCAUUGACGAUACUGUCGGUGCUAUCGAGCAACGCUGAAGCGAAAGCGGCGAUCGUGAAGGUGAGCACGAUCCCGGUGCUUAUCGAUCUGUUGAGGAUUGGGCAGCCGAGGGGAAGGAGAACGCAGCGGCGAUAUUGCUGUCGCUGUUUUUGGAGAAGAAGGAAAGGCUGUGAACUUGUAGUAGUUUGGUGUUCCAGUAGAUGGUCUAACCAUCUCUCGGAGAAUGACCUCAAGUUUUCCUGGAAGCUAGCUCAAAUGGCGAAGAACUGAAGAUUAUGCCAUAGCAAUUUAGUCCAGCAUCUCAAUGCAAGUAGGGUUCCCAAUCCCAACAUAGCCAAUUCCCUAGAAGUCCAACCACAAAUUUCCGUACACAGAUUUUGAUUGCAAACCGUAGAGAGCCUAAUAGACAAGUUUGAAUAAG